GGUGAGGCAGAGCUCAUUCAGUGGGAUCGUUGAGCUGCGGCGCUCCUCGGAUUUUACUCACAGAAAAUCCCUCCGUUUGGUUUUAGAAGCGCUCCUGUCCUGGGCCGUUGUGCGCUUUGCAGCUCGCUGUGGCUGACCACCUCUGAGGCGGAUACGAAAAGACCCUGCGAGGGGGCAAGACCAAAAACUUUUUUCAUCGUGAAUUUCAACAAAGUGCCAACAGUAUGCCUAAACAAGUUGAGGUGAGGAUGCACGAGAGUCACCUGGAGCCCAUUGAGGCCAGGCCUCAGUCCAAAUGUGCCAAAAUCUGCUCCAAGCUGUUUAAGAACCUUCUGCUCUCACUCACCGUCCUCGGUGUGAUCUUGGGAGCUGUAUCAGGGUGUUUGCUUCGUGUCGCCUCCCCGAUUCACCCAGACAUUGUCAUGGUGAUUGCUUUUCCCGGAGACAUCCUGAUGAGGAUGCUGAAGAUGUUGAUCCUGCCACUCAUCAUCUCCAGUUUAAUCACAGGUCUGGCCGGUUUGGAUGCCAAAUCCAGCGGUCGCCUGGGCACCAGAGCUAUGGUCUACUACAUGAGCACCACUAUUAUUGCUGCUAUCCUGGGAGUCAUCCUGGUGCUAGUCAUCCACCCUGGCAACCCCAAACUGAAGGAGGGCCUGGGCGAGGGCGAGAAAAACGACGAUGUGUCCAGCUUGGAUGCCUUCUUUGAUCUGAUCAGGAACCUGUUCCCAGAGAAUCUGGUGCAGGCUUGUUUCCAACAGAUCCAGACCGUCACUAAGAAGGUGGAGGUGGUUAUUGAAGAGGAUGUCAAUGCCACCACUAUGGAGGGCCUGGUAGCUAACAUUACCAAGGAGCCUCAGUUCAUUAUCAAAAAGUCCCUGCAGUUUAAAAGUGGCAUGAAUGUUCUGGGUAUGAUUGGUUUCUUUAUUGCAUUUGGCAUCUGCAUGGGCAAGAUGGGAGAGAAGGCCAGACUCAUGAUUGAAUUCUUCAACAUCCUCAAUGAGAUUGUGAUGAAACUUGUCAUCUUGAUCAUGUGGUACUCUCCCUUUGGUAUUGCCUGUCUUAUCUGUGGUAAGAUCAUUUCCAUCAAGGACCUUGAGGUGGUGGGCAGGCAGCUGGGCAUGUACAUGGUCACUGUGAUUGUUGGCCUCAUCAUCCACGGAGCAAUCUUCCUGCCCAGCAUCUACUUUGUUAUUGUCAGGAAAAACCCCUUCACUUUCUUCUUGGGCAUAUUCCAGGCCUGGAUCACUGCCCUGGGGACAGCCUCCAGUGCGGGUACACUGCCUGUCACCUUCCGUUGUCUGGAGGAGAACUUGGGUAUUGACAAAAGAGUCACCCGUUUCGUGCUCCCAGUCGGUGCCACCAUCAACAUGGAUGGAACUGCUCUGUAUGAGGCGGUUGCAGCCAUCUUCAUUGCCCAAAUGAACGGCAUCCAGCUUGACCCUGGUCAGAUUGUCACUGUCAGUCUGACAGCCACCCUGGCCAGUGUUGGAGCAGCCAGUAUUCCCAGUGCUGGCCUGGUGACUAUGCUUUUGAUCCUGACCGCUGUCGGCCUGCCAACCCAAGACAUCAGUCUGCUGGUUGCUGUUGACUGGCUGCUGGAUCGAUUCAGGACCUCAGUGAACGUGGUGGGUGACUCCUACGGUGCAGGCAUCGUGUACCACAUGUCCAAGGCUGAGCUGGAAGAGCUGGACGCGCACACGGCCAAAUCUGACGACAUUGAAAUGAUGACGAAGACCCCGUCUUAUUACGAUGACAUGAAGAACCACCACGAAAACAAUUCCAACCAGUGCGUCUUAUCCUCUACCGCUACCGCUACCACAACCGCUACUGCCUCUGCUAACAAUUCUGUCGUAGUAGAUGAGUGCAAGGUAACCUCAGCCACUAACGGCUCUGCUGCGGAGUGCACGCUUGUUGAGGAGGGACCAUGGAAACAUGAAUAAUGGCAGCACAGAGAUCCCCUGCUCCUGGGCUCCACAAGCUUUCCUAUCUGGUGAUAAAAAAGAGUGAAUGAAAAAAAGUCACAUGAACAGAACUACUAAUUAUUUUUUAUGUAGUUUAGUUUCUUUCUUUUCCUUUUUUGUUAUUAGUCCCUUUAAACAAUUUUUUGUAACUGUCUAUCUGACUGAUAUAUAAUACUAAUUCACUUAACUGUGAAAUGAUAACAGAGGUAUACCUUACCUGUUAGAGCACAAUUAUGUCCGUAUAGCAAAUACUUGCACAACAUACUUCAAGGCUUGGGGAGGGAAGGAAGAGAAAAAGUUAGAUUCUUAGCAAUACAUUCUACAUUUAUGAGAGAAAAUGAGAGAAGAUUUGCAGUGUAACAUGAGAUGUACUGAGAUCACCUUCCAAGUUUCCUACAGGUGAUUCAUUAUUCUAAUGCCAUAAGAAGAGUGGGAGUUAAAGCAUUGAUCACAACAGAAUGUUUGUACUGAACUUCCUCGCUUCACAUCCCCAUCAGUACCAUCGCAAUGUCUGCUUUUCCUCAUCAGCUCGCUCUGUCAUCUGAGAACAUCUCUUUUUAUUCUCAAACUGUCAGAGACUUUAAAGUGCAUCUGACUGCAUUUGCCAACUAUUACCCACUAUUCAUGAGGUCGAGCAAACUGAUGAAAGGGUAGGAAGCAGGGACGUAAGUAAUGAACAGGAAACCUCACUGAGCCGCAUAACCUAUAGAAGCACAGUCACAAAGGAAUUAUAAAGCACAAAUCAUACCAUGGAUGCCAUUUUUAUCCUCCUUUUAUUUUCUUCUUAUUUAUUUUUUUGUCUACUGUAAAGGAAAGGGAUUUUUUUUCUUUGUGUCACCUGUUGAGUAAGAUAUAAAACGUAUUUGUGUGUAUAUGUGUGUGUGGAAGAGAGAGAGAGAGAGCGAGAGAGAGAAAGAGAGAGAGAGGAAGAGCUGGAGUUAAAAACAUGACCAAGUCAAUUUUAGGGACCAAACAGGCAGAAAAUCAAUCAACUUACAGAGGCCUUUGAACUGCCUCAUCGACGUCACUCACAACACAUUUUUCCGUUUUCUUAUAUCGAUGGUUAUUUAUAACUGGCUGGCACAGCAGCAGAUAUUACCACUUUCUGUGAUAAAGCCUCAAAUAUAAAAAUAAAAAUCACUGCCCUAAAUAUUAAAUGUUAUACUUUGAGAUGCCAAUGAAAUUAAAAAAACACAAGCACCCAAAUGAUGAUAAAUAAUUUACAUUUCUGAAUAAUUUGUAGCACAAAACAGAUUAUAUAGAGCACAAACAGAGAGAUAGAGCACACACAAAAAAAGCCAAUGAGGAUCAUUUUCAGUCAGCGGCAUAAUAAAAGUCACACACAUUAUCAUUUAAUAUCGACACUGAUUCCAAGUUUAAAUGUUAAUGAUAUUUUAAAAAAACACAAUAAGAGAGAGAAGAGGAUACUCAGGCUUGUAUGUUUACUCCUUUACAGGGAAAAAUAAUGUGAUGCUAAAAUGUUUACUUGCUCGCUGUAGAGCUACAAAAAUGGCCUCUUAACAGCACAACCGUUGACCCUGAAAACGAUUUACCGCAAUGGUCUUUGUUGGAAGAUUAAUUUUAUUAUAUGAUAAUAUGCUGGGGAUGGAAGUUUACGAGCACACACAUAUUUCUGAGAACAUUCCAGUGGUUGAAUGAUCCUCAACUUGCAUAGUAUCUGAAAGCACAGGCAUGGUUAUUACUGGCACAAGGUGAACCACCAGAACAUUUUUUUUUUAUAAAAAGAAACGGAGGAAGAGGUAGUGCAGCACCCUGGCUGUCAGAUGGAUUCUUGGCUUGCACAAACAGAGACACAUCAUUGAUAUAACACUCUUCCGGGAGGCUUGCCAGCUUCUUGUUUAGCCAGACCUAAAAAGGUAAACAACAAUAUAUUAUAGCCACCAGAGCUCAAGACUGUUUCUACAAACCCUAGAUGCUGCAGUUGUGUGUCCAUAUUGGUGCAAGACGUUUAUAAAAAACCUCAGAACAGAACAAUGGACACUUAAUAUUCAUUAUGCCAGAAUGUUGCCAACUAUCAGGUAAUAAGUAUCCUCUCAUAGAACCAAAUGGCUUAAAAAGAAACACACAAACAAAGCCGGACUUCUGGCUGUUAAUCUUUUUUUUUUCAGCCUGUGUGAGUGAGAGGUGAGAUUUCUGUGAUGUGGAUUUUCUUUAUCAGUAUUAAGUCCUUCUCUCCUGUUUUGUUUGUUUUCAUUUAAUGCUUAAUGACAACCUUGCCUUGAAGAUGUUCACUUCAAUAAUGCCAACAACAAAUGCCAAUUUAAGUAACACUAGGAAACUUAACAAACCACUUAGCGCAGCACUCUGUCCUUUAGUUCCUGAAACACACUCUCAGAAGACGUCUUUCACUUUGCUAUUCUUUUUAUUUCAAAACUCGGCUAACAGAAGCGUGCUCUACUACAACGUGGAGCGCGCUUGGUGUUCUACCGCACACACACAUGCACAACAUACACACAUAAAGCAUGCACACACACUCGCACACACCUGUUUUUUUUCCAUGCACACAUAAAAACACAAACACUCUAAACCUCGAAGGUCACCACACUUAUAAUUGUAAUGUGCUGCAGAGCACAGCACUGACACCCUGACAGGCCCUUUGAGCCUGACCUUUUGACCUUCAGGAAAAUAAUUUUAAAAAAUCUCUCCAGUAAGGAGACAUUGCAGACCAUAAUGUCAUCAAUGGGGAUUGAGUGUUGGACCACUAUUAUGUUCAAACUCACGGUUUUAGAAGCAUGAAUAAAAUAAAAUGAUUAUUUUUUUGCACCACUAUCUUAAAAGCAUGAUAUUUUGAAGUGCCUCCUUGCACUUUGUGUAUAUAUUGUAGGUAACAGAUGUUUUUUUUUGUUCCUUUUGUUUUAUUUUGGGGGGUGUUGAAAUGGUAUAUAGGAAUAUAGUUUCAUUGCUGUGACAUUUUUAAUGUAAUCCUCUAGAAAAAAAAUAUAUCAUCUAUGUCCUGAGUAAAAUUAGAUUAGACAAAAUGUAUAGAGAGGAAAUCGUGUAAUAAAUUGCUUGUUUUUUUUAUUCUCUAAUAGCUGUUAACUAGUUGUUUUACUUACUUGUCACACACCACUAUAUAAAUAUCUUUUUUUUUUCCUAAUGUAAGCGUUUUGAAUGUUUGUUCCAUGGAGAUAUAAGCAGUGUGCAUUCAUUUUCAUUGUACAUAAAUAAAUAUAUAAUUGUUCUGUUCAGUGGCGACGCAGAAUUUUCCAGAAAUUACAGUGAUCCUGAAGCAAACGCCGUUUGCAUGACGACGAGAAAGAAAGAGAAAAAGAGAGCGAGGGGAAGUUUUUUGGUUUGAAAAAAAAGGGGGGCCAACAUGAGAUAUAUUUUGGUGGGAAUUACUGUGAAAAAGGUUGCUAAAAGGAAAGACAAAUAAAGGAAAGGUCAAAUUAACCCUCUAUGUAGGAUAGAGUGAGGAAUCAAACACAGCACAGUAGUUGAUUUGAGUGAAAGAACAAACAGAGAUGCAGUAUAAAGCAACAUUCCUCAGGUGACUCAUCUGAACCAUUUUGUCUUUUUAAUGAAGGAAACUGGCUUUAGUCUUUGUUUACCUGGUGCAUGUGCAUUCAAAGCUGCAAUACACGGACAUCUAGAUCUUUAGAUUCUGCUUCUACAUCUUCACACAUUUGACCUCUGACGUCCCAUCAACAUCAUGGAGGUUCAUAGCAAUCCCACUCGGUAAACUGCCUUUACUCCAAUUGCCUUCACAGAAGCUAUAUGCACGCACAAACACCUGGAACUAGCUAAACUAAAUGCUACUGAUGAAAUGGAAAUUGAUUGACGCAGUAUUUCAAACAAAGAGCCAGUAUAUCUUUAAGCUUGUCCUUUUCUACUGCAAUGUGUCUUUUUGAAGAAACUCCUAAACAGAGCUGAUAACCUGUCUCACUCCUGCUUUCCUGAUCUUACUUUUCUAGGCCUUCCCUCUUUGUAAAGCUGUUGUAAUUUUGAUGUAAAGGCAGAGCGUAUGUAUGGGGGAGAUACACUAUUGAGAAAAAAAGAAAAAAAUACAUGAAUUCUUUCCUCGGUCUAUGGUAUACAUAAAAAAUCUGUUUCUACAUAUCAAUAAGUGUUGUACCUUUGGUGUACAUAUACAAAUAUAACUAAUAAAUGUUGAUUCAUAACUAAA